CUGAGGGGAUGCAGCGGUGCCGGGGGCGAGCCGCAGUUCGGCCUGGGGGCCGGCUGCUUGGUAGAGCCCGUACGCCCCUUCCCAGGAGUCGUAUCCUCAGGCAUUAGCACCUUCUCGCUGCGGGGCAGGUGGGAGCACAGGCCUUCAAACAACAUUUUCUUUUGUAGAAAUCCAGUGUGAAAUUGCUGCAAAAGCAGAGAUGAUUAUACAAAGAGUAGUGCUGAAUUCACGGCCUGGUAAGAAUGGAGUGCCAGUGGCUGAAAACUUCCGACUGGAGCAAAGUACAAUAGCAGACACAGUCCAAGCGGGACAAGUGCGUGUUAAAACUCUCUAUCUCUCAGUGGACCCCUACAUGCGCUGCCGAAUGAACGAGGACACGGGCUCAGAUUACCUGCGGCCCUGGCAGCUGUCUGAGGUUGCUGACGGUGGGGGCAUCGGGGUGGUGGAGGAGAGCCAGCACCAUAACCUUGCUAAAGGAGACUUUGUAACCUCCUUCACUUGGCCCUGGCAGACAGCAGCAAUUCUUGAUGGAGACUCGCUGCAAAAGCUGGAGCCACAGCUUGUGAAUGGACACCUUUCCUACUUCCUGGGUGCUGCUGGCAUCACGGGGCUGACGGCCCUGUUGGGAAUCAGGGAGAAGGGACACGUGGCCGCGGGCGCAAAUCAGACCAUGGUGGUGAGCGGGGCGGCCGGUGCCUGCGGCUCUUUGGCCGGCCAGAUUGGCCGUCUGGAGGGCUGCUCUAGAGUCGUGGGGAUUGCUGGCACAGAUGAGAAGUGCUCCAUUUUGGUCCAAGAAAUGGGGUUUGAUGCUGCUAUCAAUUACAAGAAGGGGGAUGUGGCAGAACAGCUACGUGAACUCUGCCCAGGUGGUGUGGAUGUUUACUUUGACAAUGUUGGUGGUGACAUCAGUGAUACAGUUAUAAGUCAGAUGAAUCAGAACAGUCAUAUCAUCCUGUGUGGACAGAUUUCUCAGUAUAACAAAGACGUGCCUUAUCCCCCUCCACUGCCUCCUGACACAGAAAAAAUACAGAAAGAAAGGAACAUCACAAGGGAAAGAUUCUUGGUGUUGAACUACAUGGACAAACAAGAAGCUAGUGUAUUACAACUCUGCCAGUGGAUCCAAGAGGGUAAACUGAAGGUCAGAGAGACUGUGGUAGAAGGCUUAGCAAGCAUGGGUGCUGCUUUCCAGUCCAUGAUGAACGGAGGCAAUAUUGGAAAACAGAUCGUCUCAAUUUCAAAGUAAAAGUCAUUGGUUGGAGAAAAAUAAUUGCAUUCGGUCUCUAACAGUGGGCAAGUUUUUACUUACUAACUUCCAUUUCUUAAAUAAACCAUUAAGUUGUUCUCUAUGUACUGAAAGCAGAGAUUUUGGGAUGCUAAUAAAUUAAAUUGAACUGGAAACAGCAAUGCAAUAAUUGAUACUCAAAUUGAGUAAUAAGUUCUUGACAUGAUUUUGACAGUUGCCACCUACAGUUGCAAAUAUUUAAUGGGUGUGGUUUAAAAGAACAUUCUGUGUUGUCCCAAGCAUAGGCUUAUCAUCUGGUUGGUGUGUGACAGCACUUGACACACCAAGGUGAGGAAUUCCUAUUUCUUUAUUGUAUUCUGUACAAACUAGAAAAUUGGGGAGCAACUCACAAAAGUCUGGCUUAUCACCUGUGGAGAGCUUUGUGGACAGUUGGUUAGGUGAGAAAGGUCACGUUGACAUAAUGCCACUGGUUAAGCUUGAAGGGGACAAGUAUAGAAGCCAGUAGUCAGUGUCCAAUAACAGGCAAGGACAUUGUGCCCUUGGUGCAACAGCAGGAUAGGGGAGAACAUCUUUGGCAGAAAUAUGAAGAAAAGUUUCAAUAAAAUAUCCACAAGAAUGCAGAAGUAGGCAUAGUUGGCUGAUAAGUACCUAACCAAUAACGAGCUCGCCUUUGCAAUAUGUAUGAGCCUCAUUAAUUAACAGUGACACAAAGAUGUGUACCUAUCAAUAAAGUUUGAGAUUUGCUGAUCA